CUUUCUCGAUCAUUUUGAAAAAAAAAAAUUUGAUCAAUAAUAAUCGAGUAAGUAUAAAAGAUUUCAAAUACAACAUGAGGCUCGUAUUAAUCCUGUUUCUCGUUUCUUUUGCCUGCACCGUCCAUGGAUUCAGUCUGAGCAAAUUCACGCACAAAAUUUGGAACGAAACGAAGAAAAAAGUGACCUCGCUGGCUGAGUCUGCCAAGAAAUACGUAAUCGAAGCUGGACAAGCCCUGAGCGACGUGCACGAUCUCGAAGAAAAGGCUAUCAAAGCUAUCAGUGGACUGCUCAGUAAAUCUUUGCUCGAGGCCGAAGAAAGUUUGUCGGGUUCCUUCGAAUACGCCAGCAAGUUCAAGGUCGACUUCGAGCACUGCAAGAAAAAAUCCGAGAGCGACGUUCACGCGGCGUUGGAGGAAAUUCUGCACGACGUCACCGCCAAGGUCAAGGAAGUAUACCGCGAGCUGAAGACCGAAGCGAAGGAAGUGAUACACCGCGCCGAGACGGGUAUCAACGAGGCCAAAAAGAGUUUCUGGGAAGGCGCGAAGUCGAUUUUUGAGGCGGGCAAGAGCGCGGGCUCGUUCGUCCUCGAAGGCAUUACGCUGCCCGCUACGAUCGAGGUCCUCGUCAAGAACACGCAGAAGAAGGUCGCGUCGAGGACGGCGAGCAUCGUGAGAGACGCCCAGUGGUGCGUCAUUGAGGCCGUCAAAGCGGCCGGCGUAGAUGCCUCGGGCUUGGAAGGCAACGAAGUCAAUGUGGAGCUCGCCGAGGGUAACGAUAUCGGCCCUGGCUAUCAUACUGUCCAGGUUCCCGAAUAAUUCCAUAGUAUCGUGCUGAAUUCGACAAUUGUAAAUUAUUGAAAAUAAUAAAAUGUUGUAGUCAAUGAUUUUUAUUACAAAAAU